UUCUAUUCUGAAAGCAACUUUUGCAAAUACCUCUUAAAAUUCCGCACAAACAAUUCACAAAAAUAUCCAUUACAACAUACCAGUAAAGAUAUUUCAUUAAAGUUUCCCAUCCUUCGAAAUCAAUUCGUUAAAGUUGGUUUCAACUUCAAAGAUGGCGGAAUGUAGUUGAAUUAAAUGACGCUUGUGUAAAAUUUUAAUUGAUAAGUAAUAAUUGAUUAGAAUUAAUUAUUAUUUAAAAUGGUUACAUGUGUUUGGUGUUAAUUAUGUGAGAGAAUAGCCUUCAUCUGUUUCGUUCUAAGUUGACUUUUUGAUCGUCGAGUGACGUCAGUGUUUCUGUUCUGGUGGCGGGCAAUACGAAUCAAUUGAAAUGGAUAUUAGAAUAUUGCCGAAAUAGUUUUCCCACUUGUUCUAAUAAGAAAUUGAUAAAGGACCAAAAAAGCAGGGAUACACAACCCGUUUGACAGCAUGGAGAUGGGGCAGGUCGCGCAAGCCCAAAGAAAAGUUCUCAACAAUAAUGUUGAGGAAAGCGCAGACGAAGGCAGAAAUGGCCUGGACGACAGGAAGCGAAAGCAAUGCACCAGGAGCGACACGGACAGCCCUCCUCCGCCUUCGAAAUUAUUCAAAGGCGAAGAAAGCAACGGCGAGAGGACAUCUCCGUGCAAAGUGCAGAUCGCACGACUGAACUUUACAGAAAGCCAAGAUGCGGAAGUCACCAGGCCGUAUAUUUUUAAUAGACCGAUUUUGACGGAUUACGAUGAAGAUAUUAUUGGAAGCACCUCCACGUCCACGAAUGAUGGGGCACAUGGGGCAACCUCAUUGUUGACGUCGCCUUGCAAAGUUCGUGUCGCACGUAUUGAUCUUGAAUCGAGCAGCGAUUUCGAAAUAAGCAGCCAGGCGACUACGAGUCAAGGAUCUGAACCCAACAAGGACUUACUCACCUUGAUGGAGGAUUCUGAAAAUUCUUCGUUAAGGUCUGAGGAGGGCUCGGAUUCUGGUUUGGGCUCCGAUGGUGUAGGGACUACAGGUUCGCAUACUCUUCGUGAUGAAGAUGUUGAAAGGAAGCGUCGGGAGCGUCGCGUCCGUUUUCAUGCAGUCACCGUAUACUACUUCCCACGUGCUCAAGGAUUUUGCUGUGUUCCAUCCCAGGGAGGGUCGACUUUAGGUAUGUCCUCCCGCCAUGUGUCCACGAGGCGCCUAAGCGUUGCUCGACACUGCGCGGAACGCCGCCGAAGACUGGCGAUGGCCGCGGCCCGACAGCUCCCAGGGGGGCACAGCUCACGGAACGAUCAUUUCAAGGAUGAUGAAGUCAUGAACGAACUCGAGGACUGCGACGAUGAUGACAGCUGCGAGGAGGACAGUUGCGAGGACGACAGCGACAGCGACGAAGACGACAGUGAAUACGACUCCGAAAGCGUCGUCGGAGAGAAAGAAGUCGUCGCAGGUUGGACAUUAAGAUCGAAGACUGAUAACGAUGAUAAACCAAACACCAAUGAUAAAGAAUCACCAUCAGCCUCCAACUCCGAUAUAGAUCAGGUCAACGCUAACGAGCGUCUCGCUCCUCCGGCGUGCGAACCAGAUUCCAAUCGGGAAGAUGAGGUACUGACUGAAGACGAUGAGGAACAAGAUCUGUCUUGUGGGGGCACCACUGUGGUCCUUGUACCGGUGACUGCUCGUAAAAGGCGUGCUUUGUUGCGAGCAGCCGGAGUUAAAAGAAUAGACCCGAAGGAAAGGGAUGAAUGCAGGGCGGUGCGUGCUUCGAGGGAGGUUUGUGGUUGUGACUGUCGAGGCUUUUGUGAUCCAGAAACUUGUGCUUGCAGUCGAGCCGGUGUUAAAUGCCAGGUUGAUCGUGUUGGUUUUCCUUGUGGAUGCCACAAAGAUGGUUGUGCAAAUACAGCAGGCAGAGCUGAAUUUAAUCCUCACAGGGUUCGAACACACUUUAUGCACACACUCAUGAGAUUAGCCCUUGAGGAAAGGCAUUUGGGAUUGACCAGAAGCAGUGCCAUAAAUGCCCAUCAGCAAUACCAUCGCCAACAUAGAUCCCACGAGCAAAAUAACUUAAAACUCAUGCAAGAACCUUAUCGUAAUCCAGUUAUCAAUCACAGUGGUUACCCAGAUCUGUUCCACUCUUAUGGAGAAUCAUACGGUUAUGAAGGUUACAUGUACCAACCAUACGAAGAGCCUGCACCAUCCUCAUCAUCAGGACUAAUAGUUUACCCAGACAAUACAUGUCACAACGAACAAGAGUACUUUCAAAAUACUCUACCCAAUGAAAUACGACCAGACAAUGACCAAACACAAACUGAAAACGCAACAACGGCGCCUGAGACAAAUAUAGUCCGCGAAGAGAACUUUGCAGAAAUCAUUAAAAAUUCAAUGGUGGACACUGUGUCUGCAUAAGCACAAUUAAUAAUAAUAAGAGAUACAUGUGGCAUUAUAUUUGGUUCGAGUGCUUGUAUAUAAAUGAAACACUUUUAGAAGUAGCUAAUACAUAUGUUAUGUAACCACAGAUUAUUGUAAUAGUAGUUUAGUAAUAUUUCAUAUUUAUAAUCCAUAUAUACGUGUAAUAUAUAAUAAUAU